UAGUUUGACAUCUUAUAUUUUUUAGCUAACAUAUGUUAUUAUUUUGUGUGUACACCGUAGCACAGAAACGGUUGUAAUUCCAGUGCUUUUUUGUUAGGCUCUCCCGUCUGUUCCGGAAUGGAUCGACCCGAUUGCCUGUCGCACUCUGAAUGCUAAUGACUUCUUCUCAGCAAGGCUGAUCAAAUCACUGUAGCUGACCCAGAGACUGGACAAUAUCACUGUAUCAGUGAAAGGAGGUUAGUGUCGUAUUUGUGUUCGGAUCGUUAUCGAAGAUCAGGAUUUCAGGAGUGAUGUCUGUGACACCUUUAUCACAGCAGGCUAGCUGAAUAAAAACAAGCAUCACAGCCAGUCAGCUACAGGUCCAACAAAUCAUCAUCUGAAAAGGUGCUUCAGAAGGUUGACAUGCAGCAAAAGUUGUACACGCGCAAUACAACCUUAUUUGUGGAAAACGGCCAGGCUUGUGGUGCAGGUGCUCCAUCUCAACUCCCGUACAGAUGCCCCCGAUGUGGAGAGCACGAGCGCUUCCACAGCCUGGCUGCGUUACGGGCCCACCUCGACUACAACCACACAUACGAUCCAAGGCACAACCUCAGCCUUCCUGCCAGCAGGGGGUACUUACGCUCUGACAGCAAAAUAGCCACUGCUGAGGCACAGACAACAAAGGACGCGGGCACUGACACGCGUUCGCACCAGUUCCCAUUCAGCUCUGAUCCCCUUCCACAUGACCAGACAGAAGACACGUGCCCAGAACAGCCUGCUACCCCAAAGAAAAGUGCUGCUGGUGGGGAGUUGUCCGUUGGCACCAAGCUCUUCUCUGCUCCAGUGCCCUCGGUGGGGCAGAGGCUGGAGGGCAUGAUGAGGACGGCCAGUAGCAGCAUGGAGAGACGGCUGCUGCGGCUCAGCUCAGAACUGGCCCACACCGACACAGCACUUCUAUGUGAGCGUGCACACUCGCACCAUCUGGCCCAGGAGCGGCAGGAAGUGCUGGAGAGGGAGCAAGCUCUUAGCAGACAGGUGAACGCCGCUGUCAUGGUUAUCGCCACUCUGCGCCAACAGCUCAGCUUGUCCGAGCAUGAGCUGGAACGGAGGGAACAGGAAGUGCUUGCUAUUCAAAAAUUUCUGGAAGCAGCAGUGCAGCAUGAGAUGUGCGGGAAAGUUCGUUUGCGACGGUUCAUCGAGGGCCUCCUGCGACGCAUUGCCCUGGCUGAAAGGCUGCUGGAGUAUUACCAGAAUACUCCCCAUGAGCACUACUGCACAGCCCACACGGUGGGUCCUUUAGCUGAGGCAGGUCCCCAAAUAACUAAAAGCAGGUCUACAGGAGAGCAACUGGUCCAUGAUGAGGAAAUGUCACAUGGGCACCAGGCUGGAUGGGGAGCAUCCCGGGCAUCUGGGGAGAGACGGGGCCAUUCUGGCUGGGUCCAGAGCAGGAGGUCAGAUAGUUAUGAGGUUUAGGUGUUUGGCUUGAGCCUUUCACUGAAUGUACUGUAUAUGUUUCAAAUGUAGUGCAUUGAAAUUGUAUUUUAAGCAAAUAUAUAUAAAGAAAAUCAGCAUUAAUGAACAUAUAACAUUCCUGAAAAAAAAUCUGACAUGGAUCUCAUAUGGAGAGAUCCUUUUCAGUGAAAUGUGGAAAGGCAGUUCAUCUUGGUAGCGCUCCUUAUCUUACCUGCUUGGAAUAUUGUUUAGGUCAGGGUCCUGUAGGGUCCUGUAGACACAGUUGUGUCUAGUGACAGCAUGUUACGGUUCUGAUCAGCCGAAAACUCACCCUGUGGAAUGCCUUUACACUUCCUUUACACUCCUUCUGUAGUCCUGAUAAGGUUCUGGGAUACUGCUGACGUUGUGGACACAUGGUAAGACUGCCCUUUAAAUCUAAUAAAUAAUGACUACCUAAGUUAGUAGUUUACAUUCUGAAGAAAUGCAGACUAUUUCUAUAUUACUGGAAUUGAACGUCUGUUUAUAUCUAACCAUUACUCAAAUUAAUUCAGUAUUUCUGAGUACUUAAAUAAUACCUAAAUAUGCAGCUGAUGAAGACCAAGAAUCGAUCAAUUCCAAGACAAAGAUUUAGUAGUAAAAUAUCAAUCAGAUUUUGGUUUACAACCCAACCACCUCUCUGCUCAGCUAAGACCCUCCACCACUUCUCUCUGCUCUGAUGUUUGGUGGAAACUUAACACUGUUCAUCACCCUGAGAACACCAUCCCAUCGGUGAAGCAUGGUGAUGGUAGCAUCAUGUUGAGAGUUGCACUUAGCCUCUUGGUUACAUCUCACUAACCUUUUGGUGGGCCAAUGCCUAUAGACAAGUUGAUAGAUGCCUAUAGACAGUGUCAUGGUCAUAAGUCCAUAAGAUGUAUGAAAUAGUUUUUCUUAAAUAGCUUUCUUCUUGUUCGUCUAAUUGGCAAUGGAGGCAUCCCUGUCGGCAUAGAGUCAAGAUGGCAUAGAGUUCUACUUGUUUAAUGUGCUUUGUGGGAUGCUAAAAUUUUAGAAUUUUUUUUUUUAUUGUUCCUUGGUCUUCAUGGUGCUGUUGGUUUAGUCAUGUUUUUCAACAAGUGUUUACAUGAAGAGGUCUAUUUAUAUUGAGAUCGUGUAAAGUUUUACUUGUGCACGUGCAGACAUACACAGAUUGCACCCGAACUAAUUUAGGGGUUUCAGAUCAACAUUUGUUUUUAUUCGCAAAUAAUUUUGCAAACUAUGUUGGGAAAAGUUUAAAGGGGUGAAUACUUAUGCAAGGCCCACUUCAUGCAAACUAUCUUGCAAAGAAUUGAUUCAAUUUGUGUAUGCUAGUUGAUGACACACGCUAAAAGAUAAUGGUAAUGCAAGACAAAUGCUAAUUUUGUUGUGUUUGUUUUCUUCAUUUGAAGGUGCUGUUGCACACUGUGAAUGUUUUAGAUAUUGAUAUUAUCUGAAUACAUUAAUACAUUUAAUCAAUAUUUUAGUGGUGCCGUUGCCUGGGGCUGUAUACCCAUGUCACAGCCAGUAUUAUCAUAACCAGAAUUGUCUGUGCUGUGUCGAAUGCCUCCCAAUAGUAGCCAGGGUUAUGAAAAAUUCCACAUAACAAUAUAUAACAAUAAAAAAAUAUCUUCUUGUCAA